AUGGAUGUGUGUCUGGAAUAUGCCUAUCCUCGCCCUAGGUUUCUCGCGUCCACUUUGAUAGUGGUCCAGGCAGUGUUGUUGAGCUUUACUGCCAGUAAUUGUAUCAUCUUUGCCAAGUACACGCUCUUCGUGUUCACGACCGAACCCACCGAGUAUCAGUAUAAGAUACUGGCUGCUGGUCUCUUGACCGUGGUCACGAUCAUCCAUGGCUGUUUCCUCAAGACCGGGAUCUUCAUUCAGAAUAUGCUCGGAUGGGUCAAGAUCUUUUUAAUCACCGCAAUCUCUCUCACCGGGAUGUGGGUGAUCCUUCGACAGCCCCUCGAGAGUAGAUCGCACCACGACAGCCCAAAGAAUCCGUUCGCGUGGGAUGCGCUAUGGGAAGGGUCCAACUGGAGUUGGAGUCUCAUCUCUACUUCCCUAUUCAAGGUCCUCUACUCUUACGCGGGCUUGAAUAAUGUGAACAACGUCCUCAGCGAAGUCCAGGACCCGAUUCGGACGUUGAAGACGGUUUGUCCGGCCGCGCUGAUCACGGCAAGUGGUCUUUACUUCCUGGCCAACAUCUCUUAUUUUCUCGUGAUUCCGCUCGAUGAAAUCAAGCAAAGUGGUGAGCUCAUUGCCGGCUUGCUCUUCGAACGACUCUUUGGUCCGCAUGUUGGUCGGGUGGUUCUUCCAUUAGCCGUGGCUCUUUCGGUGGCGGGAAAUGUGAUGGUUGUGACUUUUGCUCUGGCUCGCGUGAACCAAGAAAUCGCCCGCCAGGGCUUCCUCCCCUGGUCCCAUCUCCUUUCCUCCUCCCGACCAUUCAACACCCCCCUGGGGGGUCUAAUCGUUCACUACAUCCCAUCCGCCCUGGUAAUCUUACUCCCGCCGCAAGGCGACGCAAACAACUUCAUCCUAGACGUGGAAGGCUAUCCGCAGCAGAUUUUCAUGCUCGCCAUCGCAGUCGGACUACUGCUUAUCCGGAAACGCGAGCCGUUUCGAAAAGCGCCGUUCAAGGCAUGGCGCUUGGCCAUCUGGUUAAGGAUCAUCGUCUGCGUUGCGCUGAUGGCGGCGCCGUUUUUUCCGCCCCCCGGGAGGAAAGGAGAUGUUAGGUUUUUUUAUGCUGCUUAUGCAGUGGUGGGGGCUGGGGUACUCCUCACGGGCGUGAUUUACUGGUAUCUUUGGACGGUUGUACUACCGCGACGAGGCGGUUAUCGUCUGGAAGAGAAAAGCGAUAUACAUGAAGACGGCACUGUUACUAAACGGCUUGUUCGCUGUCACGGCUUGGAUUAG